AUGAAUAACUUCAUAUGGUCCCUUCAGAUCGAGAUCCAAGAGUGGAACGAGGCUGUGGAGUAUGUCAAACUAGGAGUGAAAGUUGACCCCAUCACAAAACUGUUCCGAACAGCACCAGCCAAUGUUCACGACGCUCUGAAAGACUAUGGCACCAUCCGAGAUUUAAUCGGGUCAGACUCUCAGACCGCGAUAGAUUAUUACAUCGAUAAGUGUGUUCUGAAAAAUCUGGAAAAUCUUUCUGGACUCGAGUGGAUUUGGAAUUGGAAGAGGUUUUUAUUCCGUCGAAUGGUGUUAGAGACGUAUGAAAAUCUUGUCAUUGAGCAUGUACUGGAAUUCAAACUCCAGCAGUUUCACGCAAAGCGCAGGGGGAAAGUUGGAGCAUAGACUCGAGGGCGACGAUUGAAAACCUUGUAUUGAUCAGUUGGCCCCAAUGUAUGAGGUACUGCGAUUGAUAAGAUCCCUCCCAACACAAGUACAAUUACAGGGCUGCUUGCCCAUGAGAACCU